AUGGAUAAUCAAGCUAGAUUGGCUGAAUUACAAGCUGCGAUUAUUGAUCGCGACGAUCAAAUACACCAGCUUAGAAUGGAAUUGCAAGGUGCCGUAGAAGCUGUCCAAGCAGCUCAGGCCCAACCACUUCGUUAUCAAUUACCCCAACCAGUUGGAGUUCCACCAAAACCAAACUAUUUACCACCAAAUUUAUUCCAACCCUCAGCGAGGCUUUUGCAACCCCCUCCAAGAUAUCAACCACCUCCAAGACCGCAUCCAUCAGCCUUCCAUCCAAGACCGUUUCAACCAAUGCCUAGAUUUUUCAAUCCACAACCCAAACCAACUCCUAUGGACGUUGACCCAUCGAUAAGGUCACGUCACGUGAAUUAUUUAAACAGACCGAAUUACCAGCUAGAACAGGAAUACUACUGGUACUAUCCUCAAGACCCCUCCUUACAUUUGUACAGCGAACAUAGUGACCCAGUUAACAGCGCUGAAAUAGAACAGCAACAACCAGAUCAAAUUUAUACUUACACAGCAGAGGCAACGACCAGCGAGCCAUCAUCAGCUGAUGUGCCACAAGAUGAAACAGAUGAUCUAAAUUUUCAAGCGGUCACACGUUUACUGCCACUAACGUAA